AUGCCCGGCGUGACGUCAGAUUCCGGAGAAUUGAACUCUCUCUCCGUCGUUCCGCACACCCUCGAUACACAAAAACCAAGAGUUUACCCUCUACGGCUCCACCGCGUCACCCGUCCACUUGCCCGCCUCUCCAUCUCCUGGGCGCGUGGAAACACGCUCCGCGUGUCUCUCCUGCAAACCGAUGACGCUGCCUCUGAGCAGACUCCUGGUGGAGAAGUGGUGGAAGUGAAGCUCGGCAGUGCUGAUGCAGGAGAAAUCCCCGAAGCGCAGUGGCGGAGAAUUGCAUAUGGCUCAGUCGCCCCCUUUGCGCUUCUUCAAAGCAGAAAGAAUUCAAUGGAUGCGUUGCACUAUGAAAAAGAUUGGUGGGAACAUGUAAUGGAGUACAGCAAGGAAAUAAAUUCUCUUCUUGGUAAUACGAAGUCAUCUGUUCCUCCAACCAUUGAAGACCCAAAGACAGUACUUAAGAAAGUUGAGGAGCCAACCUCUUUAAAAGCUGCCUGGGAGCUGAUGGAAAUGUUUUAUGCCGACAAGCAAUCUCAGACUUGGAUCCCUGAACGCCUUCUUGAUUGGUUAGCUGAUUUUGAUUGUCUGUUCUCUGGAACUCAGCCAACUGUACAUGCCAAACUUGUGUCUUUCCAGAAUAAACUUGUUACCAUACAGGCAGUUGAGAAUCAUCCAGAAUAUUGGGAAAUUAUGUCAUCAGCUUUAGCAGUUGGCUGGCUUGAUGUUGUUGUAAAACUAUUGCGCUUGCAUGGAUCUUAUCUGUUUGAUCAGCUAGGAAGUCGUGAGAUAGAAAAUGGACUUGUAGAAGCAGUUGCUCUUCUUAUAUCAGAGAUGCCGCGUCUGCGCCCUGAUAUGCCCACAGAAAAAAUAGGAGAAUGCUACAGCACUAAACCUGAGUUCAUGAAGGCAUGGGAGAAGUGGCGAGCUAAAAUUACGAAGUUGGACUGCAGCGCAUUCUGGCUUCAAUGUGAUCACCAGCAGACUAGAGUUGGACUUAAAAAUAUGCUUCAAGUCAUGCUGGGAAAUGCUAGCGUUCUCUCCAAUGUAACAUACCACUGGAUAGAGCUCUAUAUUUCCCACUUUUUGUACGUCAGGCCUUUCACUGUGGGAUUGGAAAGCAUGUAUAGCCUGGCUCAGAAAUGCAUGCAUUUAAAACCAAUUUCCUAUCGCCAUAAACUGAUGGGACUUAUAAUUGGGAUUCUAGAAGAAAAUACAGAGGUUGUUCUAGCGGAAUGCUCAAGAUCAUUUGGCCCCUGGAUGACAACCCAUGCUAUAGAGCUGAUGGCAGCUGGGAGCACUCAAGCAGAAACACUUUUGCAUGAAGAGCAGUCUAAAAUUGGAGGGAUCUGUAUAGAGGAGCUCCAUCGACUUACUUAUGCCCAAAUUCUAUCCUCUCAUGCCUUGACAUGGAAUAUUGCACCUAUUUAUUUGACAUCAUGCUUGAAGCAAGGACUGGGCUUGUUAGAGAAUCUAUUGUACAAGCAGCCUGUACAACAUCAUCUGGUGUUACUAAAGAGCAUGGAGAUUUGCCGUCUCAAUGGACUUGACUAUGUUAGUUACAACAUGAUGAAGAUUGCUGGAGUUCAUUACUGGAAACAUGGCAAGAAAGGUUCAGCUGUCUUCUGGCUUCAGCAAGCUCGAGAUGAAGUUCGCUUAAACCGAAUUGCCAAGCAUUUAUUUGAUUUUGUUGGAAAAUCAGUUUCUGAUGAAAGUUUCAAGCAAUGGGAAGGAAUGAUUGAAUUGUUGGGGACUGAAUCAAAAACUGCUGGCGGGCUUGAGUUCUUGAAAAAGUAUAGGGAUUUCAGGCGAUCCCUUCAGCAAGUUCAGGAGGGAAUCACCACUGAUGCUGCUAGGAAAGCUGCAGAAGCACUUAUAUCACUGAUGAGAAACCCUUCUACACCUCAGCAGUUUUGGCUACCUCUCUUAUACGACUCACUGAAAUUGCUGAACUGGCAGGAGGGUCCCUUGCUUAACGUUUCACAGACUAACCUUUUGUUGAAUAAAUUGCAAGAGUUAUCAUUGGCAAGAUUGCUGCCAGGAUUUGUGGAUGCUGGCUUGCCACCUGAGGCCUUGCAAUCUGUCAGACUGGCUCUUGCCACUAACUUAGGACGUGCUAUCCUUGAAGAGUAAUUUUCUUACAUUAUACAUUGAAUGUACCUGGAGCCAUAUAAA